CGAAUUGAAUUUCUUGCACCGCCAUAUUGCGGCGUUUCUAGUGUGGUUUCAUGAAUGCCGUUGCCUUUACGGACGCAAUCUCGUAUCAUUGACAAAUAAGCAGUGAUAAAUAAACAUUUCAUAUAAUAUUUUAUUUUUGCAAGAUCUGUUGUUUGCUCAGAAUUUUUAAAAAUGUCAAGGAGACGGCAUAGCGAUGAAAAUGACGGCGGUCAGUCCCAUAAACGACGGAGAACGUCUGAGCCCAUUGAAAUUGAGGAUCGUUUGGAAUCCCUUAUUUGCCGAGUGGGAGAAAAGAGUACUUCUUCCUUGGAAAGUAACUUGGAAGGUCUAGCAGGUGUGCUUGAGGCAGACCUUCCUAACUACAAGAGCAAGAUCCUGCGCAUUCUGUGUGCUGUGGCCAGGCUUCUUCCCGAGAAGCUGACGGUGUACACCACCCUCGUGGGCCUGCUCAACGCCCGCAACUACAACUUCGGAGGGGAGUUUGUGGAGGCCAUGAUCCGGCAGCUCAAAGAGACACUCAAGGCCAACCUGUACAGUGAAGCAGUGUACCUGGUGCGCUUCCUCUGUGACCUGGUGAAUUGUCAUGUGAUCGCCGCCCCGUCCAUGGUGGCCAUGUUUGAGAAUUUUGUCAGCGUGAUACAAGAGGAAGAUGUUCCACAGGUGCGCUGUGACUGGUACGUGUACACGGUGCUGUCCUGCCUCCCCUGGGUGGGGAAGGAGCUCUACGAGAAGAAGGAUGUGGAGAUGGACCGGCUGCUCAACCAGAUCGAGGGAUACCUGAAGAGGAGGCAGAAGACGCACGUGACCAUGCUGCAGGUGUGGACCGCUGACAAGCCCCACCCACAGGAAGAGUACCUGGACUGCCUGUGGGCUCAGGUGCAGAAGCUGAAGAAGGACCGCUGGCAGGAGAGGCACAUCCUGAGGCCGUACAUCGCCUUUGACAGCGUGCUGUGUGAGGCCCUGCAGCACAACCUGCCCCCCUUCACCCCCCCGCCCCACAUGGACGACGCCAUCUACCCCAUGCCCCACGUCGUCUUCCGCAUGUUCGACUACACCGACGCCCCUGAGGGCCCCGUAAUGCCAGGCAGCCACUCGGCGGAGCGGUUCGUGAUAGAGGAGAACCUCCACUGCAUUAUAAAGUCCCACUGGAGAGAGAGGAAGACCUGCGCUGCCCAGCUCCUGAGUUACCCAGGGAAAAACAAGAUCCCCCUCAACUAUCACAUCGUGGAGGUGAUCUUCGGCGAGCUCUUCCAGCUGCCCUGUCCUCCUCAUAUUGACGUCAUGUACACCACGCUGCUGAUCGAACUGUGCAAGCUGCAGCCAGGCUCCCUGCCCCAGGUCCUCGCUCAAGCUACUGAAAUGAUGUACAUGCGUCUGGACACCAUGAACACGACCUGUGUGGACAGACUUAUCAAUUGGUUUUCGCACCAUUUGAGCAACUUUCAGUUCAGAUGGAGCUGGGAUGACUGGGCUGACUGCUUGACUCAGGACCUGGAUAAGCCCAAGCCAAAAUUUGUCAAAGAGGUUUUGGAAAAAUGCAUGAGACUGUCCUAUCACCAGCGGAUCGUGGACAUAGUCCCGCCCACUUUUUCUGCGUUGGUCCCGGCCAAUCCCAUCUACAUGUACAAAUACGAUGAUGAAGCCAACGGCAGUUCACUUCCGGGUUACCCGGUCGCCAUGGCGGUGAGCAACGCCAUAAAGAACCGCGCCUCCAACGAGGAGCUCCUGGCGGCGCUGAAGGACGUGCCAAACCCCAACCAGGAGGAGGACGCAGAUGGCGGGGACAGCUUCAACCCGCUGAAGAUCGACGUGUUCCUGCAGACUCUGCUCCACCUGGCGGCCAAGUCCUUCAGCCACUCCUUCAGCGCCCUGGCCAAAUUUCACGAGGUGCUGAAGGUCCUGACGGAGAGCGACGAGGGCAAGCUGCACAUCCUGCGCGUGGUGUACGAGGCCUGGCGUAACCACCCACAGAUGAUCGCCGUGCUGGUGGACAAGAUGAUCCGCACGCAGAUCGUGGACUGCGCCGCCGUGGCCAACUGGAUCUUCUCGCCGGAUAUGGCGCACGAUUUCACCAGGUUGUACGUGUGGGAGAUUCUGUACUCCACCAUCCGCAAGAUGAACAAACACGUCCAGAAGAUCAACAAGGAGCUGGAGGACUCCAAAGAGAAGCUGGAGAAACAGCAACUGAAGAGGAAGGACAGUGGUGACGAGGAGGACAUGGAGAAGAACAGCGAUGAAGAGGACGGUCAGCUGGAGGAGCAGAUCGAGCGGCUGCAGGAGAAGGUGGAGUCGGCGCAGAGCGAGCAGAAGAACCUCUUCCUGGUCAUCUUCCAGCGCUUCAUCAUGAUGCUGACGGAGCACCUGGUGCGCUGCGAGACCAGCAGCGUGGACUUCAGCACGCCCUGGUACAAGAACUGCAUCGAGCGGCUGCAGCAGAUCUUCCUCAUGCACCAUGUGACCAUUCAGCAGUAUAUGGGCACCCUGGAGAACCUGCUGUUCACGGCCGAGCUGGACCACCACAUACUGGCCGUGUACCAACAGUUCUGCGCCCUGCAGCAGUGAGGGCGUCCUUCCCCGCCUUGGCCACCAGAGGGCGGCAGAGAGCCGGCCCCGCGACCUGCGCAACGAGGACUCCACCAUUUCUUGCAUCAAGAUUUUUUUUUUUUUUUUUUCCCCUCAUCUAAGCAGUAUAGUCACUCGUUUUUAUUUUUUUAUACACUUUCUUUGGCAUUCAGGCUUACGUGAAAAAGGGGUUGGAAAAGAAACAAACAGUACAAAGCCCAGCUUUAGAGGUCUCAUUUCGAAUCGGUGCGUUUUGUUGACGAGUUUUCUGCUUCUCGAGUCGACCAAGGAAAGGAUGGAACGUCCCUUUCCCGUGAAGAUUUUCUUUUUUUUUUACCUCGCCCGUUUUUCCUGUCUUGUCUUUGAGUGAGCAGCGGACUGGAAGAUGAGUUUGGAUUAGGAAUGCACACACCGAUAGAGCUCUUCCCUGUUUUAGCUGCACCAGGGAUGAACCCAAAACGAUUGUUUUGUUUUAAAUAUUUUUAUGUGGAUUAAAUUGGGAUAUGCCAUUGCA